CAUGACCCCUCCGGUCAACUUUCCACAUCCAAGAUGGCUGCUUGUGUAGAGAACAGUGAGUGGUAUUUUUAAAACAAAACUGGGGGAAGUGUAAAACAGAGACCUGUGAUGUAACCGACUCAAUAGCGAAAACAAAAAAGAGACACGUGAGUAGAGAUCCAACGAAGAGCAGGAUGAAGAGAUUUCUGGAACACAAAAGCUGAGUUUGUGUUUGCUCCUGAACAAGAAUGGACAGCUACUUCAAAGCAGUGGUCUGCGAUCUGGACAAACUGCUAGAUGAUUUUGAGCAAAACACAGAUGAGCUUACAACAUCUGCAAGUUAUUGUGCUUCAGCCUACCCAUCUCCUUCCCUCAACUCCCACCACUUUGUCCCCGAAUCAUCUCCAGAACCCACGUCUCUGCAUGAAGUCAAAAGCCUUACCUACAGCACGUCCGCUGAAGUGUCCAAUGGUUUUCAAACAAAACCCUUGACGGAACUUGACAUUUCAACUGUCGACAGCAGAGCUUCAAAUAACAUUGCACCGCCUUGUCUGGACAGGGGUCUCAAACCUGUCUGUGACCUGGUUAGCAAUUCAGAAUCCCUCAAUAUCGGAACCAUUAGCCAUGAUGCUUUUCAGGAGCUGGAUAUUGUCGAAAAGCAGUUGGAGGAAGGUUUGCUUGUAGACUUUGAUUCGCCUCCUGCAUAUGCUGCUGGAGAUGCAUUGCAGUUCAGCCUCAGUAAUGUUCCUGGUGUACAGGUGUUUUCUGGGGGAGGUUUGGGACCGGAAGGAGCAGGACACCUUGCAACAGGACAUUUGGAAACCCUGAGCCUAUUGGACAUUAUCUUGCCCCCUGAGGCUGCUGACGAACCAGUGAAUAUAAAUUCAUCUUCAAGCACUGUCCACCAAGAACAUUUAGAGCAAGUCCUUCAAAAUGAAGCUGGUACUCAGAACGUCGGGGAGCUGAAUGAAGAAGACAGCCAGGAGGAUCAAGAGUUUCCAUGCGGCCCCGAGAGAACUGAGAACGGCACCACAGUCCUUUCAAAAACUGAAUGCAGCGAGGACAGUGUGGCUGUAAACGGGACCCUCCAGUGCACAGAUGCCAAGGAGCUAAUCCAAUCAAAGGAAAAUGUGAAUGGUGGAGCAGAGUUUAACUCCUCAUUGGAAAUAACAGCUUGUUCAUCAGACAAAAAGCUAGACUGCGAGGAAGAAGUGAACAGUUUAAACCACGUAAAAUCCAUCAGGGAGGUGGAAGCAGAACAGAACGACCUGAACGUGCCAUGUAGUCCUACAGAAGAUAGCGAGACGCCCCUGCCCUGUCUUCCAAUUGCCGUGUCCAUGUGCGGCUCUUUGGUUUUGACGCAAGACUCCAAAAGCAACGGACCUCAGGUUGAAACCACCAAGAUUAUAGCCAGUGAAUUGUUCCCUACACAGACUAAUACACCCGUGGUGAACAGUCUUUCUCCUGACCCUGAAACACAAAAGAUUAUUCCUCCUGUGGAGGAAAGUACAAAGACUAUGGACCAAAUUGGUCCAGAGCCUGCCUGCGAAAGCCGCAGAAUCCAGUCGGAAACCAAAGUCAACCCUGAGACAAAACCAUUCUUGCACUACACAAUCCCUGACAGCCUUGCCAUGGCAGAAGCAGAUUCAGUUGAGGGUGAAGACUCCCCCAGCAGUGUUGUGGACGCCACUGAAGGCUGGUCCUACCCUGUGGGCUCCAGCCCCGAGUUCCCUUCAGACAUAAUGUUUGUCGAUGACUUUCUCCCAGACGGAGACCUGUGUGACAACCUGGUGAGUGACGCGGACCUGGAUGCCUUCUUGAUGGAGCAAAGCCUCAAGAACACUGAGUCGAGGCCUGUGGAGAAUUCUACUGACGAAGGGUUUUCAGAAAUGAAUGGUGACCUGUCAGGGUUGUCUGAUCCUUCCCAGAACACUGGGGGAGAUGGCCUGCUUGAGGUUGUCAGGAGCGCCCUGAACACUAAAGAUUUUGAGCCUGCAUAUUCCGAACCUGAGAGACCUCCAUCUCUGGAGGUAGACCAAAACUUUGUUUCUUCUGGGGACGUUGCCCUGAAUGUAGUAGAAGACACAAAAGGCAGUGGUGAGACAAACACGUGUAAUUCUGUUUGUCAGACACCCAACCCAAGUGCUUGUAAUAACCAACACCCAUAUUUUGGAGGGGCAAGACCAAAACAACUUUUUGUUCAUCCUCCAAAAACUUUAUUGACAAGGGAAUUGAAUGACCUUAAAAGAGGCGAUUUUAAAGAUGUUCCUUUAGCAGGAGAGCAAAUUGUAAAUCCUGUGCAAUCCCCUGGUACUGGGGAGGGCUUCCCGAACCAGUAUGUAGCAAGUCCUGGGUAUACCUACUCUGAGAGAAUAGAUAGUAGCAUUGAUUUGGAAGAGGGCUCGGAAUCUGCCCAGCUUCUCGUUAACAAGGAGGAGGACAGCACAGAGGAGGCUGUUUCCCUUGAUGAUCGGCAGAUGAGAGAAGAAUCAAGUCUGGGGUUGAAACAGCCUGCAUGGGUACCUGAUUCUAAAGCACAACAGUGCAUGAACUGCCAGCUCAAGUUUACCUUCACCAAAAGGAGACAUCAUUGUCGGGCAUGUGGAAAAGUAUUUUGUGGUGGUUGCUGUAACCGAAAAUGUAAGCUAAAAUAUAUGGAAAAAGAAGCUAGGGUUUGCGUCAUCUGCUAUGAAACUAUUCAUAAAGCACAAGCCCUUGAGAGGAUGAUGAGCCCGACCGGUCCGAGUCCUAAUCCUAAUAUUCCCUCUGAAUACUGCUCCACCAUCCCUCCCCUGCAGCAAGCCCAGGCAGCUGGCACUCUCAACUCCCCUCCGCCCACCGUAAUGGUGCCCGUGUCUGUGCUCAAGCACCCCGGAAACGAAGGAUCUGUAGUCUCCAAACAGAUGAAGUACAGAGUUGCUAAUCAGGAUGCAGCUGGGCUUCCCAGGGAACAGAAACGGGUCUGGUUUGCAGAUGGUAUUUUGCCAAACGGAGAGGUAGCAGAUACAUCGAAACUGUCAGUAGGGAGCAAGAGGUCAUCCCAAGACUCCAGCCCUGUAACCCCCGAACCUCCUGUGCCUCAGGUUCAGAAAACGUUGGAAAAGGAGAUUCAGGAUUCUACAGCUACAGCGCUCAGCGAUUCUUCAGAACAAGCACCUAAUGUUUCUAAAGCCGCGAUGAAGGUACCGAACAGUCCAGCUUCUCAGAGUCCAGAAGAUGAUAUGAAGCAUCUUAUCACGGGGCCCUCGGAUUACAGAAUGUUAACCACCAUAGGGGAGUGCAUUACCAAGACGGGCAGUCUGGUUCCUGAUGACGAGGAGGGGCUGCCCCCUGUUGUCUUAGCAACAGGGGAGAGAGGAGACGACUCGCUGGUGGAGGAUCGCCCCUCUGCCAGCCAGCUGAUGCUGCUUCUUGAGGAAGGAGGUCCCAACCCCCUCACGUUCGUGCUGAAUGUCAACCUGCUGGUGAAUGUCAAGCUACUCACUUAUGCUGCGCGGAAGUGCUGGUGCUUCAGUUCCAAUGGCCUGCACGGGGUGGGUCAGCCUGAGAUUGUGUUCUUGCUGCAGUGCCUGCCAGAGGAAAGCACUCUCCCCAAAGACAUCUUUAAGCUGUACAUUACCAUCUAUCAGGAUGCACUAAAGGGGAAGUACGUUGAAAAUCUGGGCAACGUGACCUUUACUGAGAGUUUCCUUGGCAGUAAGGAUCACGGUGGAUUCCUGUUCAUUUCGCCCACCUUCCAGCCCUUGAAUGACCUGUACCUGCCAGACAGCCCCUUCCUCUUUGGGGUUCUCAUUCACAAGCUGGAGGUGCCCUGGGCAAAGGUCUUCCCCCUGAGACUCAUGCUGAGACUGGGGGCAGAGUACAGUGUGUAUCCUUGCACUUUGACGAGUUUCAGAUUCCGGAAGCCAUUAUUCAGAGAAACUGGACACACUAUAAUGAACCUUCUAGCAGACCUCAGAAAUUACCAGUACAGUCUGGCGAGUGUGGAGGGCUUGUUGAUUCACAUGGAGAUGGGCAACAGUUACAUUGAAAUCCCUAAGGGGAGGUUUAAUGAGAUGAUGAAAGUAAUGAAUUCCUCCAAUGAGCAUGUCAUCAGCAUGGGCGCCCGCUUUAGCAUGGAGGCAGAUUCCCACCUGGUGUGUGUUCAGAACGACGAUGGAAACUAUCAGACCCAGGCCAACAGUGUACCGGGCAAGACUAGGAGAAUCACUGGAGCAAGUUUUGUUGUUUUCAACGGUGCUCUGAAGGCCUCAUCAGGAUUUAUUGCCAAAUCCAGCAUAGUUGAAGAUGGUUUGAUGGUUCAAAUAACACCGGAGACGAUGGAAGCAUUACGGCAAGCUUUUAGGGAAAGAAGGGACUUCCAGAUCCCAUGUGGAAAACAUGAUUCAGGAGAUUUAAGAGAAUAUGUAAACAUCCACUGGGUGGAGAGGGCCUCCAUUGUAAACACAGGGAUUAUGAGCCCAGUUGAUGGAAAGUCCUUGGAGGGGGUUCCAAGCGUUAAAAUGCAACAGGAGGCAGAGUUUGAAAGCGAUGGGAAGCUUGUGAAAUGUACUGAGGUGUUCUAUCUUCUGAAGUGCCCAGAGCAGUCUCUUGCCAGCGUUCUGGCUGCCCACAGUCAGUUCUCGAAAGAGAUCGCCACGGCCUGCUGUGCUGCCCUCUGUCCUCACCUGAAGACCUUGAAAGACAGCGGGAUAAAUAAGAUGGGACUCAGAGUUUCCACAGACACAGACAUGGUGGAGUACCAGGCGGGUUCAGGAGGCAGGCUUCUUCCUCAGAGCUACAUGAACGACCUGGACACCGCGCUCAUUCCUGUGAUUCACGGUGGCAGCUCCAGCCCCCCGCGCAGCCCCAUGGAGAUGGACUUCCUAUUCUUUAUAACAGAAAGCCUUUACUAAGACAAGGGCGAGCCUCUGAUUUCAGAUAUGCCAAAGCAUUAAAGCUAAUCACAGCAGGUUUUUUUUUACAAGAAGCUAAAAGACUGGGACACAAGCAAUCAAACACUUCAACUUCACUUUCUUCUUUUUAAAUGCUUUUUAUGUAGGAUAUGUUGAAUACGGUACCAUUUACAAGGUCUUUUGAAAACCAGUUUUUUUUUUGUUUGUUUUUUUCUUGUGCAGUUUUAGAAGCUUUGCACAUAGUGGUCUCUUCAAUGAAUCUAAACAUGGCAGAUCUAAACACAAAGUUCUCUUCUUUUAAGGGUUUAAACAGCAGCGCCACCGUUUAGGUCAACCGAAUAGACCACAGUCUGAAGGAAGGUCAUUUACUUUAAGUGUCAACCAGCUUUAGUAUCUGAAAUGUAUUUAGGGCCUUAUAUUUAACAGAACAGAAAUGUGAUGGGUCCUGUACAUUUAUGUAAGUGUAUAUACUAUUAGAAAUCCAGUGUUCUACACUUGAGGUAAAGGAGGAGAUUUUUGUCUAGUGCAUUAUUAUAAGCAUCCUUGCAUUGUCUUUCACUCUGGUCUUCAUUUUUAGCAUGUCCAAAUUUUUUUUUAAUUCGGUGCUUCAAUCCUAUUUUUGGAACAAAUCUGUGCAUCAAAAGAUAUUUUUGAUAGGAUGGUAUAUGAGUUGAUGUGACAAAUUUCCAUUCAGGUAUAACUAAACUCCUUGGAGUGUAAAAUGUAAAUAUGGCUACAGACACUAACUCGCAGCUUGGGGUACAGCUAUGGUUCACAAAGGUAAUAUGGUACUGUAGAGAUGUGCUCUUGAGCUAUCACAUUUGUAUUCCCUCCAAAAAACACAGCUGGGAAUUAUAUAUAUAUGUGUGUGUGUGUGUUUUAGGUAUUGAUUCAAACUGAACUUCUUUCUUCUUUUUUUUGGUUUGUUUUAAAAACCGUUGUUUAAAUAUAUAACAUUUGUUAUUCAAUAUGAACAUUCAUUUGCUGCCUAUCUGAAAUAGAGAAAGUUUUGCAUGACCCAAACUUUACACAAGGAACACUUUGGACUGAACGUACAGUAGCUGUGUAUGUAUGUUUAUACAGUUUGGACUGAAUGUACAGUAGCUGUGUAUGUAUGUUUAUACAGUUUUAAGCUACAUUCACUUUAUUGUUUUGAUAAAGGAGCCACCUCAUUACACUUCUGGAGCCCUAACUCCCAAGACAAACCCUAUGGAGGAAAAGUACCGUUCAGGCCUGACCUGGAACUGACCUGGACCCUGCUGACUCGCAGUGAUGCUCAUGUUUAUAGAGAAGAACCUGCACACUUAGACAGUAUGACGUUGCUGUUUGCCUGCCUUUUUUUUGUUUGUUUGUUUGUUUGUUUUUAAAGAAGCAAGAGCUGAACAUUGAGUUUUUGAUGCCCUGAAAAACCUGUGUAGUUGAAUUUAAUGCUGGAAAAAAAAUAAUCUAUGAGACAUAUGCACUUUAUUGUAGUUCUGUAAUAGGAGGAAGGGAACGCCUGUACUCUCCAAGCCAGCCUAUGGCCAAACACUAGACCUGGGAAUUGUAUCCUGCCAUUGUACUAUUGAGACACCGUGGGCCAUGUUUUCAAACUGUUUACUCCAGUCUUUAAUUAACUCCUAUUUUUAUUAAAGAGGCAAGACACCUAAUAACUAAGUUAUAUAUUUCAAGUUCUCUUAAUCACUCUCAAGGUGUUUCAUAUCUCAUUUUGUAACAUUUAAUGUGAUGUUUUCUCCUUUCAGAAAGUAGGAGUUAAAGAAUGGAGGAAAUGCUUUGAAAAUAAGGCCCCUUGCCUUUUCUAAGCAUGUGUUUUUCCUUUGUGAGUGUGUUGUUUUUCUUUUUAAACAGUUUAUAAUCGUUGCCGGUGUCAGUCAUUGUAUUGUGUUUGUCGUGUUUUUUUAAAGUCUGAUUUGUCAUUACUGCUUUAAGGUAGUGGUCCUGCUAGACAUUUAUAUUCAGAGGAAAUUAACUGGUGGUAAAGUUUACCAGCCUUGUGUAUAGCUAGCAGUAAUGGCCUGUUGCAGUUGUUACCAGUUAUCCUUUAUUAUAACCAUACAUGUAUUUUAAUUUUAAUUCCUAUUAGUAAAACAUAUUUAUAUAUAUACCAAUGUAUUUAAAUGUGGUACUGAAAUACUACAAAGGGGUGUUCUAUUAACCCAAUCCCUGCAGAAUGUCUGCUUGUUGCAUUUAUGGUAGGUGCUGGUGGUAAAUGGCAGGGUCUUCUUCCACACACAUGGAUUUCUUUAUUUUUUUUGUAAUGUGUAAUUUUUAUAUAUAUAUAUAUAUAUAUAUAUAUAUAUAUAUAUAUAUAUAUAUAUAUAUAUAAUAUAAUCUCUUUCCCUCAUUGACUAGUGGCUGUAUUUGAUAAUACUGGUGAGGAUCCUAUCUUCAUACACAGAUUUUGUAUAGCUGUAUUGCAUAUAGGUGAAAAUAAAUUAUAAAUUUGUAUGUCA